CACUCCACUAAACCGAACACCCAUCACCACUUCCUCUUCUUAAUAUAGUCCUAAGAGGAAGAAGAGAAGUCGAGACAGCAAGAAGAGCACAGUUGACUUGAACCGACUUCAUUGCGUCUCGGUUCCUGUARAACACUGGACUUUACUCAUCUGUGGCUCCCAUCUGUUCAUCCAUCCACACAAACUCCUGCUCUUCUAGGCAAAACAAACAAUAUAUCAUCAUGAACGGUCCGCUGUGUUGUGCUGGAAUUCUGGCCGUGUUGCUGUUUAUCCCAUGGUCUUUGUGUGAAAGUACAGCAGAAACGGCAAACAAUCUUGUGGCUUCGACCACCGCCAAUGGCAUCUCAGAGAAUGAAACAAUAAGUGAAUCUACAAAUUCUAUGACAUCAGCCGAGGCCACUACCACCAUCAUCUCCACCACCACUCUGAGCACCCCUACCACCACCACCCCUACCACCACCACCACCACCACCACCACCACUGCCAAAACAUGGACAUUUUUUGAUCUAAUAGAGAAAAAACAUGCCAAGAAGAUAACAAUAAUCUGUGCAGUGCUGGUCUUAGUCUGCGCCAUCCUCCUGUUUUCUACCCUGGCACUUGCAUGCAAGGUGUGCCAGCUGAGAAGACGCCUCAAGACGACAGGCGGCAACUCCGAGUACAGGAUGGGAACGGACAAAGCCGAGUCACAGCCAGAAGCUAAAGAAAACUGUUUCCUGCUGACAGAGAACGGUCAAACGACUCAGGAGAGCGAAAACGGCGCCACCAAGGAGGACGGAGGGAAGGUCGAUGAGGUUAAGCAACAGGGAGACGAGAAGGAGGUGGGAGAAACUCAGAAGAGUGAGGAGGCCGCUACGGCUGCGGCAGCAGAGGAAAGCUCUCCUCCUUCAAAGCCGGCAGAGGAGACCGCCAGCUCGGAGCCCACCAAAGAUCCUCCGCCGCCUUCCUCCUCCUCCUCCGACAACACAGAGGAACCUAAAAAAGAUCCGUAGAGUUUUCUUCACGAGUUUCCAUUUCAACGCAACUUAGCAGUCGUUUUCAGCAGCUUCUUAGUUCCUUCAAGCUGAAGCGUUUAUGCAUGUAAUUGUAACCCACCAGAUUGUAUAUUUGUGGACGUGCACAUAUUUUAUGCUUGCAUAUUUUUUUGUCAUUUCCAAAUUAAAAUUUGACAAAAUGUG